CCUGUUAAACAUCAGUUCUUUUCUUCGACAUUAAGCAGACUGCACUCUGUUGACGCGCCCUUCUUGCAACUCGCAAUACCACAAACAGUCAAGCACAAAGAUGGACAUCCGUGAAUCAAUCGGGAACCAGAACGCUGUCGCUUUGGGCUUCUCCAAGCAUGUGCUCUUAACCGAAGCCAAAACCUCUAAUUCAGUCUUGUCGCCGCUGUCGAUCCAGGUGGUACUCGGCCUUAUUGCUGCUGGCUCUAAGGGUUCUACACUCGAUCAAUUGCUCUCUUUCCUGAAGUCCAAGUCCAAUAAUCAGUUCAGUUCUUUCUCCUCCGAUCUAGUUUCUGUGGUUUUUGCGGACGGAAGUGCCGCCGGUGGGCCACGCUUGUCGUUUGCCAAUGGUGUUUGGGUGGACAGUUCUCUCUCUCUUAAGCCCUCUUUCAAACAGGUUGUGGACAAUGUGUACAAGGCUGCUUCUAAUCAAGUUGAUUUCCAAACCAAGGCUGUUGAAGUGACUAAUGAGGUAAAUGCAUGGGCGGAGAGGGAGACUAGUGGCCUUAUCAAAGAGGUUCUUCCUUCUGGGUCGGUUGACAAUACGACCAGGCUUAUAUUUGCAAAUGCACUUUACUUCAAAGGAGCCUGGAAUGAAAAAUUUGUUGCAUCAGCCACAAAAGAGUAUGAUUUUUACCUUUUGAACGGUAGCUCAGUGCAUGUGCCCUUUAUGACUAGCGAGAAGAAGCAAUAUAUCCGUGCCUUUGAUGGUUUCAAAGUCCUAGGGCUUCCUUAUAAAAAAGGUGAAGAUAAACGGCAUUUCUCCAUGUACUUCUUCCUUCCAGAUGCAAAAGAUGGGCUGCCUGCUUUGGUGGAGAAAGUGGGUUCUGAGUCUGGGUUUUUAGAAUAUCACCUUCCACAGCAACAAGUGGAAGUGGGUGACUUCAGGAUUCCUAGGUUUAAGAUUUCCUUUGGAUUUGAAGCUUCCAAAACCCUUAAGGGAUUAGGACUGGUGUUGCCAUUCUCCGGCGAAGGAGAUUUGACAGAAAUGGUGGAUUCCUCCGUUGGUCGGAACCUGUAUGUUUCAAGCAUAUUCCAUAAAUCCUUCAUUGAAGUAAAUGAAGAAGGCACAGAAGCUGCAGCAGAUUCUGCUGGUGUUGUAAGAUUGAGAGAUCUGAUGCUCUCUGAUAAACUGGACUUUGUAGCUGACCAUCCAUUCUUGUUCUUGAUCAGAGAAGACAUGACUGGAAUGGUGCUGUUCAUUGGUCAUGUGCUUGAUCCUUCUCAGGCCAAUUAAGUCUCAUGUAGUGAAGAACACAAGUGUUAAACAUAACAAACAUAAAACUAUCAUAACAACUAAGGUCUGGUUGAUGUAUUGUAUUUUGCUGUUCCUAUUGUGCCUUGGGAAUUGUUUACUGCAAGGCGCUAACUUUUGUACGACGUGUUUGCUUUGAAGUGGAGCUCUUUUUAUCUUCUCCAUUUUCGUUUGUAAUGAUAAGCUCUUGUCUCUUGAAUUGUUUGCAAUAGAACCGCGUGUAUUAUUAUGCUA